UUCCCUGCCGCGGAGGGACAGCAGCAGCCGCGGAGCGCCGGGAGCUGGGCGCAGGCUUCGCUGUCGCCACAGAGCUGCCGGAGCGUGAGCGGCGGCUGAGGCGGUGAGGGACCCCAUGGCUGUUCGCUUGGCUGGUGGCCCACACCGCUGCGCCGGGAGGGUGGAGGUUCUGCAGCAGCAGCAGUGGGGCACUGUGUGCCACCGGGGCUGGGACAGGAACGAUGCAGAGGUGGUCUGCAGGCAGCUGGGCUGUGGCACGGUACGGUCAGUGCUGGGCUGGUCCAGCUUUGGCCAGGGCCGUGGCCCCAUCUGGCUGUCUAAUGUCAGCUGCAAUGGCACCGAGUCUGCCCUCUCCCAGUGCAGGGCUGAGCCAAGAGGAGUCCACAGCUGCCACCAUGGAGAAGAUGCUGGCCUGGUGUGCUCAGAGCCUCCUGAGGUCAGGCUGCUGAAUGGCUCCAGCCCUUGCUCCGGGAGGGUUGAGCUGCGCCACAACCAGCAGUGGGGGACUGUGUGUGACCACAGGUGGGACCUGAGUGAUGCAGAAGUGGUGUGUCAGCAGCUGGGCUGUGGAGAAGCCAUCUCAGCUCCAAGCUCGGCCUACUUUGGGCCUGGUGCCCACCAGAUCUGACUGAGUGAGGUUGAGUGCACAGGGGCAGAAGAAAACCUCUUUGAGUGCCCGUCCAGGAUGGAGGAAGCCAUCAGCUGCCACCAUGGGGAAGAUGCUGGUGUGGUGUGCUCAGGCCCUGCCAACGUCCGGCUGGUGAACGGCCCCGACCCCUGCACAGGCCGGCUGGAGGUGCUCCACAAUGGCACCUGGGGCACCGUCUGCGACGACCACUGGGACCUGAGGGGUGCCCACGUGGUCUGCAGGCAGCUGGGCUGUGGGGCAGCCCUGGCGGCCGUGGGUGGAGCACGCUACGGCCGUGGGCAGGACCCCAUCUGGCUGGACAACGUCCGCUGCACUGGCACCGAGGCCACCCUGAGCCAGUGCCGGGCGCGGCCCUGGGGAGCCCACAACUGUGGGCACGGAGAAGAUGCCAGCGUCGUGUGCUCAGGUUUGGCCCGGACCAGGCUGGUGAAUGGCUCCAGCUACUGCUCUGGCAGAGUUGAGGUUCUCCACCAGGCCCAGUGGGGCACCGUCUGCGAUGACCACUGGGGACUUGCGGACGCCCAGGUGGUGUGCCAGGAGGUUGGCUGUGGCUCAGCUCUGUCAGCUCCAGCUGCAGCCACCUUUGGGCAGGGCUCAGGGCCCAUCUGGUUGGACGAAGUGAGCUGUGAGGGGACCGAGGCUGCCAUCGCUCUGUGCCAGGCCAAGGCCUGGGGAAGCCACAACUGCCACCACGGAGAAGACGCUGGUGUGGAAUGCACAGGUAACCCAGCCCAGGUGCGGCUGGUGAAUGGCUCCAGCCGCUGCUCGGGGCGAGUCGAGGUCCACCACCAGCAGCAGUGGGGGACAGUGUGUGACGACAGCUGGGACCUGAGCAGUGCUGAGGUGAUCUGCUGGCAGCUGGGCUGCGGCAUGGCCGUGUCAGCCCCUGGCAGGGCUUUCUUUGGGCGAGGCCAAGGGCCUAUCUGGCUGGAUGAAGUCAUCUGCACUGGCACCGAAGGUUCCAUCACCGAAUGCAGCUUCAAGCCCUGGGGACAGCACAACUGCAACCACAGUGAAGAUGCAGGAGUCGUCUGCUCAGAGCCCCCAGAGCUGCGGUUGGUGAAUGGUCCAAGCCACUGUGCCGGACGCCUGGAGGUGCUUCACGACCAGCAGUGGGGAUCUGUCUGUGACAACAGCUGGGACAUGGAGGAUGCCCAAGUUGUGUGCAGGCAGCUGGGCUGUGGUGCUCCCAUCUCUGCUCCCGGCGGGGCCACGUUUGGCAGAGGACAUGACCCCAUCUGGCUGGAGACCAUCAGCUGCCAGGGCACAGAGGCUGCCCUGACUGAGUGCAGGGUCCAGGACUGGGGCAUCCACAGCUGCCACCAUGGAGAAGAUGCCAGCGUGGUGUGCUCAGGUGACCCUCCCCACUACCCCAUGGCUGUUCGCUUGGCUGGUGGCCCACACCGCUGCGCCGGGAGGGUGGAGGUUCUGCAGCAGCAGCAGUGGGGCACUGUGUGCCACCGGGGCUGGGACAGGAACGAUGCAGAGGUGGUCUGCAGGCAGCUGGGCUGUGGCACGGCACUGGCAGUGCUGGGCUUGUCCAGCUUUGGCCAGGGCCAUGGCCCCAUCUGGCUGUCUAAUGUCAGCUGCAAUGGCACCGAGUCUGCCCUCUCCCAGUGCAGGGCUGAGCCAAGAGGAGUCCACAGCUGCCACCACGGAGAAGAUGCUGGCCUGGUGUGCUCAGGUAAGUGCCUUUCUGCUGCUGCUGAGGUCAGGCUGCUGAAUGGCUCCCACCACUGCUCCGGGAGGGUUGAGGUCCUGCACAACCAGCACUGGGGGAGUGUCUGUGAUGACUACUGGGACCUGGCCGAUGCAGCAGUGGUUUGCCAGCAGCUGGGCUGUGGCAGGGCCAUAGCUGCCCCCACCAAGGCUCACUUUGGCAUGGGGCAUGAUCCCAUCUGGCUGGACAAUGUCAACUGCACGGGCACUGAGGUUGCCCUCACUGACUGCAGGGCCAGGCCAUGGGGAGAGAGUAACUGCAACCAUGGAGAAGAUGCCAGUGUGCCUCUCUCCUGUCCUUCCCUUUCAGAGCCUCCUGAGGUCAGGCUGCUGAAUGGCUCCAGCCCUUGCUCCGGGAGGGUUGAGCUGCUCCACAACCAGCAGUGGGGGACUGUGUGUGACCACGGGUGGGACCUGAGUGAUGCAGAAGUGGUGUGUCAGCAGCUGGGCUGUGGAGAAGCCAUCUCAGCUCCAGGCUCGGCCUACUUUGGGCCUGGUCCCCACCAGAUCUGGCUGAGUGAUGUUGAGUGCACAGGGGCAGAAGAAAACCUCUUUCAGUGCCCGUCCAGGAUGGAGGAAGCCAUCAGCUGCCACCAUGGGGAAGAUGCUGGUGUGGUGUGCUCAGGCUCUCUUACACCCCCACAGCCUCUCCCACUGCUCCCUCUGCUGCUCCCAGUCAUCCUUGCAGCCUUGGCACUGAUGCUUGGGACUCUUCUGUACCAGAGCAGGCGGCGGCGGCAGCAGAUGCAAAGCAGCACUUCUAACAACCCCCUAGGGUUCAUGCGCAUGGAGGAGCUGCAGGUCUCCUACACCUCCAUCUCCACACCUGAGGAAGAGCAAGUGGCAGCCAAGGUGGCUCCUGCUGGAGAUGCCAAUAACAAGAGAGCUCAGCAGAGCUUGUGACCAGCCCCUGGCCAAACUGCAGUGCUGCAGCUCUGCCACACAGCUCUCUCUCACCAAGGGCCCCAGACCACCUCAUCUCCACAGAGCUGGGUCACUGGAUCCACCACCCAGCUCCAUGCCCAGCUUGGGUAGUCACUCCGGAGUGACCCAGGGCUGCCUGCAGGAGGCAUUUGGCACCUGGACAGCUAAAAUUUCUC